AUGGCUCCCGCCGCGAUCGACCCCGACACCCGCCACCAUGGCUCCGACAUCUUCGCCGCCAGCUCCAUCGCCGACAUCCACCAGACGCUGGCCCACCUCACGCGCCAGGAGGCCUCGGUCGCCGAACGCCUCAACACCCUGAUCGCCUCGCAGAAGGACCUGUCGCGUGAGCUCGGCCGCCUCGAUCUGCUGCGCGCCCACCUCGGUGCCCAGGCCGUCAACACCAGAGCUAUCAGCAAUGGCAUGCUCUCUGGUGCGGCCUCUACCGCCAACCGCAUUUCUGGCGCCGUCAAGCGCCUGGACCACGAGCAGGCCAACGUCAAGGCCACGCUGGAAGUCGUUGAGCAGGUGGCCGAGCUCAAGUCGUGUGUGCUGGGCGUCAAUGGCUCAAUGGGUGCUCCCCAGGACUGGGAGACUGCCGCUGGGUACCUCAGUCGAGCCUCCAAGAUCCCUCCAGAAGUCAUCAAUGGCAGUUUUGCCGAAGAAAUAGUUCCCACUGCUGAAGUUCCCGACCCUCCGCGUGUCACCCUGGAUGCUGCUGCCGAGUCUCUAUGUGGCCUCUUCCUGCGUGAAUUCGACAAAGCGGCCACUGAGGGAGACGGUGCCAGAGUUACUAGGUUCUUCAAGCUCUUUCCCUUAAUUGGACGAUCCGAUGUAGGUCUCGAUGCCUACGGGCGUUAUGUCUGCCAUGGAGUAGCGUCGAGAGCCCGGACGAACUUGAACUCCGGCAACGCUGCGCUAAGAAGAGAUGGCUACUUCUACGGGAACACACUAACCAAAUUAUUCGAACACAUCGCCCAGAUAGUCGACGGCCAUGAGCCCCUAGUAGAGCGCCAUUACGGGACAGGCAUGAUGGUAAAAGUCAUUGAGCGUCUCCAGAUCGAAGCAGACAUUCAGGGCGGCAUUGUUCUCGAUACCUGGCACGACGAGAAGAUAAUUGACAGGAAGCUGACUGACAUCAAAUCCUACGCUUUCUCCUUCCUUGUGCAGAGUUUCCUGCCUGCGCCCAAGCCAUCCGCAGGAACCCCUCGGUCCAACUCACCCGCAAACGCUGCUGGUCGCUCGAGCGAGGAUGAGGGUGUAGAUAUGAAGGAAGUCGACAGCAUUCUAGGCGAAACAGCAUUGAUGCUAGGGCGCUGGGCUCUUUAUUCUCGGUUCCUAGCCUCGAAAUGUGCUACUCCUGAAUCAGACAUCACGCCUGGCAGUGACCCACACGGACUCAAAAUACCCCCUUUCCUCUCGACUAGCAAUCUCUACAAAAAGGUUUCCACCCACUUAAUAGAGCCCUUCAAUAUUAUGACGACUUUCUUCUUCCGACGCUCUGUGGAGAAGGCUUUCCAGCUUGAUGAAUCUCCCUCUGAUCUCAAUUUGAACCCGAAUAAGCCUUUGGGUUCGAAUCCGCCGUUCAUCACAUCGGCCGUGGACGAUGUCAUGUACAUCGUAAAUCAAGUAUUGCAGCGCACUCUGUCCACUUCUCAACGCUCAGUCGUCGCUAGCGUUGUGCCCACCAUUGGACGUGUUCUAGGAUCCGACUUCGUGGGCAUGAUCCAGCGGAAAAUGCGAGAUGAAAGCUACCCAAAGGCUGUGAUACAAGGCGCCUUGCCUCCUGAGGACAAAGUAAUUGCAUUUCUCAUACUAGCCAACAACGUUGAUAUCGCAACAGACUACAUCAAGAGAAUCGUAGACCAACAGGUAGGGCCCCGUCAAGGCCCUAUAGAUAACGCGUCCGAAAAAUCGAGUUCCCCGCUAGACGACCUUUUCCCCUUUGGUCACGACGCGACCUUUGUUGAGCACACUCUCCGGUCCAUGGAACAAACUUUCUCUACCAAGGCUGGCGAACUCCUUCAUGACAGCAUCCAAGUCACAUUCCACCAAGUUCUCAAGCCUCGCAUUCGACCCAUUCUGGCUGAAGCCUUCCGCGAUAUCGACUACGCGCCCAGCGCUACAGAAGAUCUUCAUGGGAACCGCGAUGGUGACGAAUGCCCCGAUGGCGACGAUGCUGAUCUAGUAAAGUCACGAUUCGACCGCGGUUGGGGCGCCUUGAUUCGCCCGAUAAAGCGCAUUUUGACACCUGCCAACUUCGACCGCCUGCUCACAUACGCGAUAGAUAGACAUUUAAGCGGCGCCUUAGAGAAGCGCAUCCGAAGUUACUAUGGCCGUAUCAAUGAACUCGGCGCGGUCCGUCUAGAGCGCGAUAUCGCUGGCAUUGUGAGCGCGGCGGUUGCAGGCGGGAAAUACGGGCUCCGAGACUCAUUUCUCAAAUGUACACAGAUGACCAUGAUUAUGAAUAUGGAGGAAGACGAAUGGGAGGAGGUUGUGAACGAAGAGCCUGGGAAAGAGAGCGGUGUUGCAUGGGUUAUGGACUUGGAGGAAAGGAAGAGGGUGAGAGCUCUUGUGAAGGAGAGGGUUUGA